CAAAUAGAAACAAUCUGUUCCCCUAUUGGCCCGCACCUAGCCCAAUUUUUGCCCGCUUUUCAUGUUGGGCCCACCAGGGGUAGUUUCGGUAUUUCCUUGAGUUAGGGGUUCCUUCCUAACCUGGCCUCCUUCCUGCAGUUGCCUGAUCAGCUACAGGCGUGAGUACUCGCGUAGCAAAUGUUAUUGUGAUGUUUCAUCAGAUGAUUGGUAGAUAGACACGUGUCAAUAAUCUAGAUCGAGCAGAUUUUUGGGUAGCAUACGUCUUAAGAAAAAUAUCUUGUUAACUCGUCCACGUUGGAGGGCCGAUCUGGAUUCUGCAAUUAGAUAUUUCACUUUUUCUCUAUCUUUUUCUUUUUCCCGGGAAAAGUAUAGAAUUUUCUCGCCCUCCAAACAGCGGUCUGCGAAUUAUCUACCGUGCUUCUCCUACCUCUGAUCCGAAAUCUCACCUAUUUUGUCUCUGAGUCCUCAAUCUGUGAAGAAAUUCUGGAAAAAAGUGGGAAAAAUGGGAGAGGAAGUGAAGAUGACGGAGUAUGAGUUUCCAGACGACGGAGACGAAAACGAAGACAGCAGCGGCGACGAGGAUAGGGUUCUGGAGUGGGAGAUGGGCCUCCCCAGGUGCGAGGAUUUGACUCCGCUGUCUCAGCCGUUGGUCCCGCCGGAGCUCGCGUUGGCUUUCAGUGUCUCCCCUGAGCGGAGCCGUACGAUCCAGGAUGUGAAUCGCGUGUCGCAGACCAUGCUCUCGGCGCUGUGCUACGGUUCCACCGGAGCCCGCGCCUCUUCCUCGAACAACAACAGUAACAGCUUCAAAACGACGAUCGCGCCGGAGGAGGAGGAUCAGGUCGGGUCGAGCUGCGUCGGAUCUGAUCCAAAGAAGCAGAAGAAAUCCGAUUGCGUCGGCGGAGCCACGGCGGAGGAGGCGGAUUCGGGAACAGAGGAACCGUCUGCGAGGACGUUGAAGAGGACGCGUCUGGUAUGGACACCGCAGCUGCACAAAAGAUUCGUGGACGUGGUGGCUCACUUGGGAAUCAAAAACGCCGUGCCGAAGACGAUCAUGCAGCUGAUGAACGUGGAAGGUCUGACUCGCGAGAACGUCGCGUCUCACCUGCAGAAGUACAGGUUAUACCUCAAGCGGAUGCAGGGGUUGACGACGGAGGAUCCUUCGUCCUCUGACCAUCUCUUCUCAUCGACGCCUGUGCCUCUACAGAGCUUCCACGGCGGUGGCGGUGGCCUCCAGGCCAACGGAGCAGCCGGGCAGGCAGGCUCGUCGAUCCCGGUGAUGUACGGAGCGCCACCGCAGGUGAUGCCGAUGCCGGUCUAUGGGCAUAUGGGUAUGCAGGAAUAUCACCAUCACCAUCAACUUCAUCAUAAUCAUGGUCAUGAUCACUAUCAUCAUGGAACUGGAGGCCCUGGUGUAUUUGAAUCAAAUACAUAUAUGAUGCAGCAGAAAGACUGGUCCGGCAAUAAGUAUGGAUCCAUGGCGUCAUACCCUUCUGUCGGCAGCGGUGGAGAGAGAUAGGUGAGCUUGUUUAGCUCGUGGAACUGAAUUCAUCCUCGGUAAUAAAGUUCUUGUCCUCUGGUUCCCUUUCCGCAUCUGCCACAUCCGUCAAGAAGUUUAGUUUUUGUUGGGUUUUUCCACGUAAAUCUGAUUGCAGAAUCGUGUGGAAGCAAAACCCAUCAGUAUUCUUGGAGAAUUCUGAUACAUUGCACGGGGGGCGACCUAGUGAUCGCAAUGGGCAUUUUGACGUGCUUUUGGAGCUUCUCUGAAUGGAAAAAGCUUUGAUUUCGCAAGGUAAAAUCUCUAAUUUGCACAGUUUGGUAACUGACUAUUCAUGAUAUGGAACCGUUUGAGCAUAAAACUCCAUCCAAUGGUUCAAAGAAUUCCUCCCAUUAUAUACAAUAUUAUCCACACUGCAAUCUUUUGUGUUUUGGAAACCACAAGAGAGCAAAUGACCUUUCACUAUGUUGGAGGGCCACUCUACAAAAGGAAGAAAGAGACGUUCCAACAAAAGCUAAGAUACUUUACAUAUGUCUUUUUGCUGGAGCGUGUGAACAAUACAAUACAUACAGCUAAGAUAUUUGCACACGAAAGGUGGCUGGUUUUAGCCAUAGGAUUCUUGCUUUUGAGACCUGUUUAGUGUUUUCCUUCACCAUUAUUGAUCACAUUCAACAGAAUGUUGAAAGGGUAAGAAGAGAGAAUCUCCGGGUAGGUCCUUGUACUUGCUGUACCUGAGGGGAUGUAACUCGAGAACCAGCUGCUCCGUUAUAAAUAGUUCAGGUAAUUGUGUC